UUCCAUUUCUAUGCAUUUUUCCUGUUUUUCUUUUGUAAAUUGGAUGUGAAACGCAUCUGUCUUCAAUCACAUGUGCGUGUUUUUUUUGCACAAUGUGGGUGGAAAUUCACCUGCAGUUUAUUCAUUGAUAGCUUUUUUGAGAUUCUAUUAUCUUGUCUCGUUGAUAAGAGGACACUUUCAAUCAAUGUAGCUCCUUUGCUUAUAGAAAUUUUCGGUUAUGGAAAAAAGUUUCUUACUGCUAUUUAUCUGAAAGGUUUGCUUUUUCUUUUUGGAAAAUUUUUCUUAUGGCUGAAUAUAUCUGUAAGUUUUGGAUUUGGAGAUGCUUUGCGCUUGUUACCAGUAGUUUUUGGUUUUUGGACAAGCUUUUUACUUGCUGUACAUUAGAGGUUGCCAAGUUCACCGGGUGAAGUAUGACGUUUUGCUGUGAGUUGCAUAAAGCCUUUCUAACUUUCCAAAAAUAAACCAUUACAGGAAGUCACCUAGAGUAGCUCCUUUGAAUGCAUUUCUAAAGAAAUUAUUUGAUCCAUUGGAAUGUAAAAGUGAUGAAAGAGGUGUUUCACUGAAUGGAAAUCAUAUGCAAAGUACUUUCUAAAACACAUUCACAAGACCUUCAUCAUUAGUGUAAAAACCAUGCCCAAAAUGGACUAGCACCUGCAGAAGUCAAGCUGGUAAGAGCCAUAUUUUUUCUUUGUUUUGGACAAAUUCCUUACUGCUCAGCAGUUCAAUAUUUAGUUUCAAUUAACCAUUUUAAACUGAUUGAUACCCUGGAUUGGCUUCGAAAUGGUGGUUUUUUCCAUGAUAACAUAACACAGGAGGCACUGACAAUAUGGAAACAGUUUGACGUUGCUUAACCUAGCCCUUGCUAGACCGACAACAAGUGGCCAGACUCCAGGUGCCCCUGAACUUGGUGGUGGUGCUCGGAGGUGGAUCUUUUGGAACAGCAAUGGCUGCUCAUGUUGCAGAAAGAAAGGCCCAACUAGAAGUUAAUAUACUUGUACGGGAUCCUCAAGUAUGUCGAUCUAUAAAUGAGAGACACCGUAAUUGCAAGUAUUUCCCUGACCACCAGCUACCUGAAAAUGUUAUUGCAACGACUGAUGCCAAAGCCGCUUUGAUGGGUGCAGAUUUCUGCUUCCAUGCUGUACCAGUGCAGUUCAGCUCAGCAUUCCUUGAGGAGAUUGCUGCAUUUGUUGAUCCGGGCUUACCUUUUAUAUCCCUCAGCAAAGGUUUGGAGCUGAAUACGUUAAGAAUGAUGUCCCAAAUAAUUCCAAAAGCACUAAAAAAUCCUCGCCAGCCUUUUAUUGUUCUAUCUGGACCUUCUUUUGCACUGGAAUUGAUGAAGAAAUUGCCAACAGCAAUGGUGGUGGCAUCAAAGGACAAGAAGAUGGCAGAUGCAGUUCAGCAACUUUUAGCUUCUAGAAACAUGAGGAUUAGUACAUCCAGUGAUGUUACAGGGGUUGAAAUUGCAGGUGCGCUGAAGAAUGUACUUGCUAUAGCAGCUGGGAUUGUGGAUGGACUCAAUCUGGGUAACAAUUCAAUGGCAGCAUUAGUUGCACAAGGCUGCUCUGAGAUACGUUGGUUGGCAACAAAGAUGGGUGCCAAAUCAACAACCUUAACUGGCUUGUCGGGAAGUGGAGACAUCAUGCUCACUUGUUUUGUGAAUCUUUCAAGAAAUAGAACGGUUGGAGUUCGCCUUGGCUCAGGGGAAGGUCUUGAUGAUAUACUGAGUUCCAUGAAUCAGGUGGCUGAAGGUGUAUCAACAGCUGGAGCCGUAAUUACACUGGCCCAGAAAUAUAAGGUUAAAAUGCCAGUUUUGACAGCAGUUGCCCGUAUUAUUGACAAAGAACUGACACCCACUAAAGCAGUUUAUGAGUUGAUGGCCCUCCCUCAGGUUGAAGAAGUUUAAAACCUAUGGAUGGGUGGAAAGACAAACAAAAACUCGAUACUGCAGCAGCAAUACUCUAAACAGAUAGUGCUAUUGUAAAAGAUUACAGGCCGAAGUAUCAAAGUACGACGAAGAGCAGAAUCAUUUGUCUUCCGUUUUUCUGUUUCCGCCUCUUCCUCAAAACAUCCUCUUUAUGAGGUGAAGAAUUUUGUAGAAAACAUUUGUCUGUUGAUCAAUGCAAAAUAUUCCACGUACAAAAUUCUUGCUA